AUGGACGCCAUGCAUAUAAAUAGCAAACCGUGCGCCCUGCUUCCCGGCGACUGCACACGAGAAAGAGAAGGGGAAACGGCAGCUACAAAACGCCCAGACAGCCGACCAUCAACUCCGGGCACUGGCCGCGUCUCGGGCUCUGCAGCAUCUGCUCUUCCUGCUCAGAAUUCCUCAAGCCCUCACCCUUCCUCUCGUGCCCCGUCGUCAUCACAGCCCGUUCCUGCAGCCUUCCUACCGCUCCCUUGCCGACCGAAGAGUGCCGACAUUCUUGUUGCCAACACCAGUGAUAGCAAAGGCGACAACAUCGCUUCUGUCGGGCUCCACACAUCCUUCCCACCCCUCUUUUCCAGCCCCGGAAACAAUACCACGCCAGAGACGUCACUCAUCGGCGCCCGAGGCAAGUCGAUCCCGCUCGGUGACGGCUCCGUGGCCGACCGCACGUCUGCCCUGCGCGAGCUGAACAGCAAUUACCCCUCACCCGUGCUCCGCCACGGCUACGUCAAGUCUGCCGGUGCCAAGAACACCACCUACUCGCAGCCUGUCAUUGUCCGCACCUAUAGCGGCCCGUCGCCGUCGCCGUCCUCUUCCACCCACUACCGGCGCCCGUCGAGCGGCAACCGACUCGUCGGCCAGACUGCUGGCUCGGGUCUCGUUUCUCUCAUACCGGCUCCCACCUCGGCAAGGUGGGUUACUGGUGGAGGUGAAGGCCUCCAAGACGACGAGGUAAAGCUUCCGCCGGUUGAGGCUUUUACCUACAAAGGCUUCCUGGCCGAUCUGCAGGCCAAGACCAGCAUUCGUGCUGAUCUCGACCGCAUCGCUGAGAUAUGCGCCAAGUCCAAGUACAGCCUCAGCGAUCAGUACGAUGCGCAUGUUGCGCCUCAUGGAUCAGGUGCUGCUUUCAUCAGCGGUGGGAGCCAACAGCCGCCCGGACGCCCGAAAGGACGGAAGAAAAGCAGCUCCAGUCCUGGCGGCCCGACUCUGCAGGCGGUACCAUCUGAUGAUGACGAGAACAGUGCCCGGGGCUAUCGGAGGCGACGGGGUGGCGUCGGAGGUGGCCGCAGGCGGAGCGCUGCAUACGGGACGCUAGAGACCAUCAUGUCGUCCAGCCGGUCGUCUGAGGAGGACAAGUCAAAAAAGAAAUCAGCCUCGGAGAUCGCAGAGGAGGUUCGUGGACGUGCGGCACAGAAAGCCGAAAACACGGCAAUUGCAAUUACAGUUGAAAAGCCAAAGUCCAAGUCCCCCAGCAGCAGCAAGGAAAGAAUAAAGUUGCGGCUACCAACAAAGACAGCAUCAAAGGAAGACUUGAUAGGCGACAAAGCGACCGGGCCACCUCUCCCGUCCUCGAGGCGUCAUGGAAAACAAGUUCAGUGUCGGCCGAAGUCCACUUCGUUUGCUCAUGCCAUGAUUGGCAGCAAUCGACAGCAUUCCAGCCGGUCUGACAAGCCGAAGAAGGGGGCGACGUUUGUCGAAUCACCCUUUCCCGCUACCUCUCCUACCGUGGCCUUGCUUAGCGAUCCUGCGGUUGCCCAGACGUCGAAGAAUUUUCUUGAGAUCCAUCUGACUCCGAACGCGGCGUCUUCACACGAUCGUACCACUGAGGGUAGCGUUCAAACCCAGCAGGCUGCCAGCUCUUCUACGCGCACCGAUAGAACAGACAGUGCCGUGACUGAGCACCCCUUGAGUGAUGCAGACUCUGCUGGCUUUCUCUCCGGCUUGAGCAGCUGGAUACCGUGGGUAGCUGUCGAUGAGACCCAAAACGGGCAGCCAGCCAACCACAGCCAUCAAGUUGCAGUCCGUCCAGGCCCAAGCCAUGCCGAAGGAAGCCUUCGAGAACUACUUAAAUCGGUUGACGGGAAGAAGCCUAAUAAAGGAAAGGAAGUUGAGCGUCAACGCGAACGACGGCAAGACGAAGCAGGACUCUCAUCUUUUAACGAUUUACGACUUUAA